AUGGGGAGGAAGAGCAAAGAUACCAUAUUGGAAUACACCCAUGAAUACGAGAUGGACGAUCGUAUUCUCUACUUUGAUGUCGAUUACCUGACUAAUGAGGAAGGAAGGUUCAAGAUCAUCGAGAUCACCUUGUUGUUGUUGGCACUCGUACUGACCUCGGAGAUACGAGGUGUGAGUGGGGAAAAGAACAUGACUAUGGCGGUGUGUGUGGGGGUUAUCUUGGUCACGUUUACUAUCUGGAUUGCCAAGAUAUUUACUUUGCAUAAGCAGCUCACUCCCAAGCAUUGGUUUUACAUGGUAUGUUGGUAGAAGAUCUUGAUUGUAGUGUUUUUUAUCGUCAAAGUUACAUUUUGAAAGCAAAGCCAUGUGAAUAUCAACAUGAUAUGCCAGAAAGCUUUAGUAUAUUGUAAUAUGUAAUGCAUAAUGUUUCAAGAGCUCUUACUAUGUAUAAUGCAACUUUAGGAAACCUUGAUCUACAUCUUCGCCGUAUCCGCCCUCUUUGUCGCUACUGUUUACAUGGCUAUGUUUGGCGCUAUUUACUGGUCGGAACGUAACCCAGAAUGGUCGACUCUGCCAUGCUUGGUAACAGGCACUUUACUAGCUUCGAUUAUCAUUUACUCGGUCGAUAUUUUUGUAUUAUUCAAAAGGAAAAACAACCGAACAUACAUACCUGAUGUGUCUAGCUAUGCUUUGUAA